AUGGCCACCGGGGGAAACCUGUGCGCCGUGGAGAAGCGCGGCCGGGUGCACGUCAUCACCCUCACCGGCACGGGGGAGCACCGCCUCAGCCCCGCCCUGCUCUCCGAGAUACGCUCCGCGGUCGCCGCCGCCCGCCGCGCCUCCACUGGCGGCGCCAGCGCGCUCGUCCUGGCCGCCGAGGGCAAGUUCUUCAGCAACGGCUACGACCUCGCCUGGGCGCGCGCCGGGCCGGCCCCGGCGCCGGGGGACCGCGUCUCCGCGAUGCGCGCGGCGCUCCGCGGGCUCGUCACCGAUCUCCUGGCGCUCCCCGUGCCCACCGUCGCGGCCGUCACUGGCCAAGCCGCGGGCGCCGGCUGCGCGCUCGCGCUGGCGCACGACGCCGUCGUCAUGCGCGCCUCCCGCGGGUUCCUCUACAUGAGCGAGGUCGACGCGGGCAUCAAGAUCGCCAGCUUCGUCGGCGAGCUGGUCCGGCAGAAGGUCCCCGACGCCGUCGCCAGGAGGGAUCUGGUCAUGAAGGGGGACAAGAUGACGGCCGCGGAGGCCGUGCGCCGAGGCAUCGUGGAUGCGGCCGUGGAUGGUGGCGUGGAAGACGUCGUGGCCGCGGCGGUCGCCAUGGCUGAGGAGCUCGCAGGCAGAGGCUGGGACGGGGAGAACCUGGCCGGCAUCAGGAAGGCUACCUGGCCGGGGCUGUGGAGCAAGGUCAACGACUGCGGCGGCCUGUCACCGGCGAGGCCGCGUCUAUAA